AUGAUUGGCGAGACUCAGCCUGGUAUUCAUUCUACCUUUAAAGUGUGGCAGAACCAGGGAGAGCUUCCUGUGUCCGCAGAUGACCCUGUGGUGACCUUUCAGCCCCUGCAGCUGCAGAAUGAGUCAAGGGCCAGUUGCUCCAGCCUGCUUUUGAUGCACGAGGAAGAGGCCUGGCUAGAUGAGCAACCUCCCAGAAUGCAGAUUGGGAGUUCUGUGCGGCUUCAUCCACAGCUCUGCUCGAGCCGAGAUGCGCUUCAACUACCAGGCCUAAGGCACACGUGGCCGCUGGAGCUCAGCUCAGCAACUGAGAAUGAAGGACCCUCCAGAGCCCCAGAAGACCCCCGCCCGGGGAGUGACAUCAGUUGGGGAGCUAUUAAUAACUGCCCUUCCCUCCCUGUCAUAUUUCCUGAACUGUGUGGGGAAGGCGAUUGUGAGGCGCUCUGCUGGAAUUUGGCAGCGCGGAGGCUUGGAGAGCAGCCCCAUGCUGGCUCCUAUUCAGCCGGCCAGUUUUCCUCGAGCUUUGGAAGUUUCGCUCAGCCGUGCACUCAAUGGCUUCACAAAGCUGAUUACAAGCUUCAGCGCAUUCCUGAAGGAGCCAAAAGCGACGCAGGUGCAAACGAGCCGAGGGAGCCCCUUAUCCCGGUGACAGAAUGGGACAAGCUGGGAAAGGCUUGGACCACACAAAUCCAAGGCUCACCAGGCAGCAGAGAGCCUGCCUUGGGAACCGGGGGUCAUUAUCCGCCCUAUUCAGCGGGGCCGGGGACCCCGGGGCCGGGUAGGCCGGCCAGGCGCAAGCACCACCGCCAGUGUGCGCCUACGGCAGUGGGGACCCCGCUGGGCGCUGCAGUCCAUCGGGAUGUUGGGCGCUGUGUUUGUUCUCACCGACAGCGGUCCGUGAAAUCUAUCUUGUUCCUGAAAGCUGGUGUCCACGCUAAGGGGGAUUCAGGAGAACCAGGGUGGCGGCGAAGAUGCGCGGUGCCUCGACAGUCGGCAACUUCGGUUGCUGAGGGCGGGCGCACUGACCUGUUCCUGCCGCGGGCCGCUCUCAGCUCCCCCUCACCCCCGCCCCAAGUCUUGUCAACACCCCCGCACACCCCACCCCCAGCCCUCAGCUCUUGGUUUUUCCUCUCUGCGAAUCCCACGGAGAGCGAGCUCCACGAAGUGCGAUGGGAGGGACAGUGACCGGGAAGGGUGGGUCACCAGGUGGUCCGGUGCACCUAGCAGGGCAGUGGAGAACGAGGAGCCACGUCUAGGAUAAUUAAAUCACGUCCCUGCCAGCGACGAAAGGACUACCGGCCGCGGUGACAGGCUGGCUCGGCGCGUAGAGCUUGCAGAAGGGACGAGCGUGGGACGGACUGAAGUGGGACCGCUGGAGUUCAGGGGCGGGCUAAUCCGACCCCGUGGGCAGCGCCCCCCCCCCCGCAUCCAGUCUCCAUCUCAGUCACUUAUCUGGAAACCUGCGGCUGGAUUAAUCGCUAUAUUCCCAAGACGAGAGGUGCGGCAAUCCGCAGUGUAACACGGGUGGGAACUCGAAAGCAUCAUCCCCCCACCCCCCAGGCUCUCCUGGUGCCAGCAGCGGGCCAGCUCCCUGCAGAUCUGAAUCCGGCAUCAUUGCUAGCACCUGUUUGGACUCCCGGUGGGGCUGAGCAGGCACGGAGGCGCAGAGAGAAUGUGGGGGUGGAGAAGGAGACAGACCUGUGGGGACCCCGGCCUACGUGAGGCACAAGACUGCCUGUGGGAAUAAAGCCUUUUGACCUGACAGAAAUGAAGCUGGAGAGCUUCAGACCGACCAUGGCCUAUUUAGAUACGGAAGUAUGCUCCCUCCCAUCUUGAUCUUCCAACCUCACCCCUACCCCACCCGCCGCUGCUCCUUAGGCCCCUCCCCUGGAAUUUCCUCUUUUAGAGUCCUGGUCCUCUAAGCCAAGAACUGGCAAUAUUUACUUAGGAACUGUGGGCGUGGAAAUAAAUCCUUGUUUUCCAGCCCCUCGUCCUACCUACUGGAGUUGUGGUAACAAAGGUCCAGGGAGGAAGCAUGUGCCUACAAAAACUUUCUCAGCUGAGGUCAAAACAUCAGCUCCAAGGGAAAAAUCAUUUUGGUGCCUGAGGUGCUGCACGGGGCGACUUCUCUGGAGGUGUCAAAACCCAUUGCCAGUUUGUGAAAACUAGCACUGCUUCUGGUCUGGCUGGUCAGUCACUUGGAGGUAAAACCUCUGCUCUGGAGUAUUUCUACAUCUCAGCUUUACCACCCCGGCCCCGCCCCCAUCCCCACCUUGGUGUGAAUUUUUCAAGAUGUCAUUUCAGGAGAACAGGAAAUUCCAUUUCACACUGUGACUGCCUUGGGCCUCCAUUUUGGCAGUAUAGUAAGUUCCAUAUGGAACAAGAGUGAACACCCAUUGGUCCGUCACAUUUUUAGAUUGUUAGAGACGAAGGGGGGUGGGGUGCCCUGGGAUGCUCCCCCAUCUGGGCCCUGCAAGAUCCUCUUAAAAGUCAAUGUUCCUCUCCACUAACAGUCAGAGGAAAUCUUCAGAAGCAAACAUGUGACUCCCUGCAAACUAGCUCAAGCGGAGGUUCCCAGGACAGCUCCUCCUCAUGCCCUUUGGACGUCAACCCACUGUGGCUCUCACCUGAGUCCUGUCACCUCUGCCAUCUCGAAGUGAUCUGUGGACAAUGCUGAGCAGGACAGCCCCUGGUCAACCAGGCAGAACCGUCUAUGCAAAUGCUGGAGGCCUGCCCUGGGAACAGUGCGCCCAUUGUCCAGGGCCUUUCAGAGCUGGGAGCAGCUGCUCAGACUUGCCGCCCUGGACCCGUGGCUGCCACAGCCAUGUCAUCCUUGCAAGACAUCAGACUCUGAAAAUUAUACGACCCGAAUUCAUGAGCAGCCUUCUCUGGAGUGUUUCUGUCUGUGACAAGUUUCAAAGUCCAAAGCGGCUUCUGUUGUUGGGGACAGGAGGAGGGUGUGGGCAGGAGCAAGUCUGCAGUUGCUUCUUACUAGAGGAUUUGAAAACUUUACAAACUGUCCCUGGGCUUCUGAAGGGGGGUGGGGGGGUGUCUGGCUUGAACAACUGCAAAUUUGAGGCUUUCCUGUUUUCUCUUGCUGCUCUUGCAAGUGUAGAUGAGUGGGGUCAGGGUGAGGAGAUGGAGCAAGGGUGCCUGCCUGCCACAGGUGCUGAGGUCCUCUGCAUUCGCUUGAACUCCAAGCUGCACUUUCUAGAGAAGCAAGCAGGCUGACUGGCUCAACAUUCUCAAACCACCUCAACUCAGAGUCCCUCAGAGGGGGACUGGGGGCUCAUGUAAUUCACAUCCAUCCACCCUCUCUCCCUGCCUCCGCCCCUCCCAAACCAGGACAGGAAAGGAUGCUCUUGGGCCAGAGGUUGGUGGUUCCUGGGGUGGGAGAUGAGCAUGGGGACCCUGUUGUGGGUGGCCUAUAGUUGCCUUCUGCCAGAACCUGGGGGUACAUCCCUCUAGUCUCCAGGCACACAGCCUAAUGGGGAGGAAUUUGGAUACUGGGGAGGCCCAAAGGUCCAGGUAAGGCGGCUUCCACCUCCCCUUCAAUAACUGGUCCCAGGCACCUCUAGUGUGUUGCAUUUUAUUUUUCUUUUCUUCCUUCCUUCCUUCCUUCCUUCCUUC